AUGAAGCCUACAUGGCUGGAUGAGCCCGUCGCUGAGCAAGGUGGCAGUUCCCGCCGAUCCAGCGUCAGUCCUUUCACCGCCGACUACACCAUCAGCCAAACUCUACACGGCCAGUCACACUCGGAGUCCAGGCGACUGAGUGACGUGCCACCGGAUUUCAUCAACCUCAAUACCAUUGCAUCUUCGCAGGGCACGUCGGCCAGCACUGAGGGUUUUGCCCCGAAUACGCUCAAGAAGCAGACGCGGAUCGACGACGAGGGCCCGUUUUCGCUCCUUGAAGGACCGACACUUCCCUUGCCAGGCCAUACCGUUCACAAGAGGGAGAAGAACUGGAUCAACAGGCGAUGGAGCGACCUCAUCACAUUUGGCAAGUUUGUGGGACCCGGGUUCAUGAUUGCCGUCGCAUAUAUUGAUCCCGGAAACUACGCCACUGAUAUCGCCGCCGGGGCUUCCUAUCACUUUGACCUGCUGUUCAUCGUUCUGCUGAGCAACAUUGUUGCGAUAUUCCUCCAGGCGCUGUCUAUCAAACUCGGAACCAUCACAGGCCUCGACUUGGCGACCGCCUGCCGCGUCUUCCUCCCGAAAUGGAUGAACCUCACCGUCUACGCACUCGCCGAGAUUGCCAUUGUCGCGACGGAUAUGGCGGUCGUCAUUGGAACUGCAACGGCUAUACACCUGCUUAUACCAAAGUUGCCGUUGAUCGCCUGCGUCGUUCUCACCAUUGUGGACGUUGUCUUCAUCGUCGUCUUUUACCGCCCCGAUGGUUCGAUGCGCGGCCUACGGCUGUUUGAGAUUGGCGUCUGUUUUCUUGUUUUGGGCGUCGUCGUUUGCUUCUGUAUUCAGCUUUCGUUGAUUGAGAACACGACCGUCGGUCAGGUGUUUCGCGGAUACCUCCCGUCCAGCUCCAUCAUCCAGACUCAGGGAUUAUAUCAGUCUUGUGGAAUCUUGGGCGCAACAGUCAUGCCUCACAGCCUCCACCUCGGCUCGGGCGUCGUCCAGUCCCGCCUCAAAGAUUUUGACAUGAAGGAGGGUAACCUCCAGGAACUCCCCCGCUCCGACACAAUGACCACCGUCGACAGCUACAACAAGGUCUUUUACUUCCCCUCCAUGGCCGCCAUAAAGCACUGCAUGAAGUUCUCCAUCGCCGAGAUCGUCUUCUCCCUCUUCAUCUUUGCGCUCUUCGUCAACUCGGCCAUUCUCAUCGUGGCGGGUUCAGCGCUCUACCAGGGCCAGACGUCUCUCGCCUCUGACAUCUUCGGCAUGCACGACUUACUUGCCAACAGCAUCUCCUCCGCCGCUGGAAUCAUCUUUGCCUUUGCCCUCCUUUUGUCAGGCGUAUCCGCGGGCCUGGUAUGCACCAUCGCCGGCCAGCUCGUCAGCGAGGGAGCGCUCAACUGGCGCAUGCGGCCCUGGCUCCGCCGCCUCGCGACGCGCCUCAUAAGCGUCACGCCGACCGUCGUCGUCGUCGCCGUCGCGGGGCAGUCCGGGCUCAGCAACGCCUUGACGGGCACGCAGGUCGUGCUGAGCACCGUGUUGCCCGUCAUCACGGCGCCGCUGAUUUAUUUCACGUCGUUUGACAAGUACAUGACUGUCGUACCCGGCGCCGCGAGCUACGGGUCUGAUACGGGCGUCGUGCCGGCGCGGCGGUUUAGUGCUGUUGGGGUGAAGAUGGCGAAUUCGUGGUGGGUUACGGUGCUUGCUGUUUUGCUUUGGUUGAUGAUUACUGUCAUGGUUGUGGCGAAUUUGGUGUUGUUGGUGUUGAAUGCUCAUAAUUGA